CUCGAGGGGAUCCAAAUCAAAUCAAUUCGGAUUCCCCCAGCUACAGUUUCGGUCCCUCCGGUUGGACGAGUGGUCAUCGUGUACCAAAACUUGGGCAAUUGGUCUGCUUCUUAUUACAGAGCGAAGAACUACUCUCUGAUCACACCAAUCAUUGGGUUGCUAGCUUACGAUGAUUAUGGCAAUAGUUCCGGAAACAAGGUAGAUUUCAAUGUCGUCAAAGGUGAUCCCAUCAUCGUUUCGUUCCCCAAAGUCAAUUUAAACUCAACCAAGGCGAAAUGUAUUUCAUUUGGCUCUACGGGCUCGCAAAGUCUCUACAAUGUCGGUGCGAAUAAUGAGUGUUCGAUACAAAAUGGAGGUCAUUUUGCUAUUGUGGUACCGGAAGAGGAGGUUAUAGUACAUGAGCCGGCAAUGAAGAAGAGGAGGAUAUGGGUUAUUGCAUCGGGGAGCGUUGCUGGUUUGAUUUUGUUGUGUUUAGUUGGAGUUGUGAUUGUGAGGUUUAUGAAGAGGAAGAGAAUGGAGAGGAUGAGCAGGAGAGCGGAGGAAGGAGAGGUAUUGGAGACAGUUUGGGUGAGUGGGAGCAAAAUGCCUUCGGCUUCAAUAAGUAGGACUCAACCGGUUCCUGAGAAUGGAAGUGCGCCUUAAGAGGUGAUUACUUAUGUUCUUUCUUGUAAAUGAAUGAAGAGAGAUUGAUGAGAGAUGGGUUCUUUUGGUCGAUAGAUAGUUUUUCUUUUGAUUUUGCUGAGAGUAUUUAACUGUAGGGAAUAAUGCAAGUCUGCUUGAUGA